UCGCAGUUAGGGCAGGUGAUGUGUUUUGAGAAAGAAGAUGGCUUCGGGUGGGCCAGCCGAGGUAAUCGACGCUGAAAAGACGCUGAAUUGCGGCAUCGAAAACUUUCAAUCGGUGACUGAAGAACACUUUGAAGGCAAUAAUUUAGCUGAAGAAGGCCAAGAUCCUGGUAGCUCUUACAGUUUCCCGGGAGAAACGGAAAACGAGAAGGACAACAAUCAGUCAGCUGCCUCAUCAGUGUCAGAAGAUGACAAUGAGUCUGUUCUGCAGUCAUCAAGAGCUCCAAAUACAAGUGCACUAGAAACAUUAGUACGCACUGCCUGUGAAAGUCUUGCAGUAUCAACACUUCUUGCAGGAAAUUCUUCAUCAAAUAACCUGUUAGAUGCUCCUUGUCAUCAGCCUUCACAGGAUACACCAGUUGGCCAUGCCUCAAGACUGAGAAUAGUGGCUAGUAACUCAAGUGCCAGCUCAAACCUGUAUGCUCCAUCCACUAGUGCUCUUGGUGAGACUUCAGCAGCUGAUGAUGCAGUAUUUAGUGUCAUUUUUGGGCAUCGGGAUCCUAACAGCAGAGCUAGUGCAGUAGAAGAGGAGCAUGAUACCUCACAAUCCAAAGAUCUUCCAGAACCAAGUUUAGAUUUAACCCAUAACAGACUCUCUGAUAUGGGAGAUGUUGAGGGUUCAUCAGAGGAGCUAGAAAGAAGAAGAGCAAGUGAACGAGAGCGGAAGAGGAAACCAGUCAGAUUUCAAUCUCCAACAGAAGAUGAACUUAAAGCAAAGAAGAAGAGAAGGAGACGCAUGAAUCCUUUGCUUCGUAUUCCUCGUCGUGAUCCAGCCAUCCCAUUCAAGUGUGACUUGUGUGGUUCUCCAUAUGUUAUCAACCCUUCAAGACGAGGCAACAGACCAAAGCUUUCUUCCCAUCAGCCAAGUCCUCGGCAUAAGGUUGAUCCAGCAACAGGGAAGACUCUCACUCUGUGCAAUGCUUGUGGUUUGUCCUUUGAUCGUCCUAAAAAGCCAAGACGAGAACGCUGUGAACCAGAUCCAGAAGAAAAGAAAAAGUAUCUGGAGGAGGCAAACCAGUUUGCAAUGUCUCUAGUAGAAGGACUUGGAGACCCUGAUGCUGAAAGGCUUUGUUGUCCACAUUUUAAAUUCAGAGCAUGUGGCUGUUUACAGUCCUAUAUCAUAGGAGAUGGAAGCAACAUGCAAGAGUCAAGGGAACGAGCCAACGACAUGCUUCAAAUGCUUAAAAAAGCAAAAGAACUCAGUAACAAGAAAUGCUAUGAUGUUGAAGAAGUCAGAAACCAAGCAAAAUCCAUGAAGAGAUCUAAAAACAUUGGCCUUGGUAAUGGUCAGAGGAAGUGUACUGAAUUUGAGGAGUAUGUGCUGGAAAAGAGGAAACACUUACGCGACACUUUGAAAUUAUGUGAAAGAGCUACUCAGCGGGUGUUGCUGUAUUCCAAUAACUUCCUGCACAAAAAGCUCAAAACUGAUCCAUCAAAACCUCUUCGUAUUGUGAGACAGAAAGGAAAGGCUGCCCUUGGUAAACUGAAGGCCAUGGAAGAUUUACCGAAAGAAAAGUGUUGUGUGGAUAACUGUGUUAUGAUUGCAAUGACACACACAAAUCUGCUAAAGCAGUGGCGUGACCGAGCCAUCUCAGGGCAGACAGAAGCACGGAGAGUUCUUGCAGAGAUGCUCACGCCAUCUGGAGGUGCGCGCUCUAAUUGUUACAAGUUCAUAUCCUGGGUGACAGGAUGUAGUCACAGCACAAUCGGCAGAGUUAAUGAACAAAUGAAAGAAACAGGUGGUGACAGAGAACCUCCUUCUCAUGGUCUCAUUAAAUGGUGGCAGGAAAACCCUAAACCCAAGAAAACCAAGCUGAAAGCUCCGCAGCAGGCUCAGGUCGACACUGUUCAGCAAGUGGCAUUGCAACAGAUUCAGCAAUCACUGCCUCAAGUCAACAUCCUACAAGCUGCAGUCAGUUCAGCCGGCCUGUCGGCUGUCAUGAUGCAGCCUGCUGUGUCGUCUGGAAUUCCGGCACUGACCACUGUGAACAGCUCCCAACUGGCGCAGACACAGUUACUUCCUACAGUCACAUUCACCAAUGGAACCAUCCAAGUGCAGGGUGCACCUGUACAGAUUCAAACCGCUCAACCAAUACAAGUGCCCCAGGUUCAGGUACAAGUUCAACAACAGCUGCAACAGCAACAGUUGCAAUACCAACAGCAGAUUCAACAACUGCAACUGCAACAGCUCCAGUUACAGCAGCAACAACAGCAGCUUCAGCAACAACUCCAGCAAACCCAGCAACUGCAGCAGCAAGCGUCACAGCAACUCCAAGCACACGUUGUCCAUCAAUUGCAACCACAAUCUCUGCAACAACCGGCCUCUCAGCAACAGCAACAGCAACAACAACAGGUGCAACAGCAGCAGCAGGCUCCGCAAACACAACCGCCACCACAACAACAGCAACAAGCACCACAGGUUGCUCAACAGACAACCCAACCCCAGCAACAGCUUGUGCAGCAAGCUGAAUCCCAAGAGACACCGCCUAAUGUAACUAUCACCAUGGCAACGUCCAAUACCUUGACAACGGCUGCGUUGCAAGGCAACCUGACUGCGUCGCAAGCAACGCCGCUGAACACUGAUAGUUUGUUUGCCACAGACGGGUUUCACAUUCUCAGUGCUGUACAGCCGCAGGUGGUCACGCUUCCCGUCUCGCCCCAGUCCGCAGUGGGUCAGGCUGUACCUGUGUCGCUGAUCCAGACUCCUAACGGACAGCAGGGCUUGCAAUAGUUUGGGCACUACGUUGAAAUGCGCAGCUGUAGUAAGGGCAGGCAGAGAAUUGAGAUGUUACGGCUUGUAUUAAAGACACCAAUGAAUUUUAAGUUA